ACAAUAGUGCCCGCCCCCACCACACACACACGUAAGAAACACGCAAUGCAGAUGCUCUACAAGACAUCUCGCUGCUUCCUCUCCCAAGACUUCAAGAAGACAUUGAAAUUCUUGUCUUAAACAGUUGACUUUUAGAAGGAAGGAAGCUCGGAGAUGGAGGCUGCGGUUCUAUCGAAGCCGCAUAGGCUCAAGUACGAUUUCUUCCUCAGUUUCCGAGGCGAAGACACGCGUCAUACCGUCGUAGAGCGUCUCUACAACAAACUCCACGAGAAGGAGAAGAAAGCCCGUAUCUUCCGCGACAACGAAGGUAUGGAACGAGGGGAAGAGAUCAAUCCAAGCCUCAUCGCAGGCAUAGAGGACUCCGCCGCCUCGCUCGUCGUCUUCUCCCCUUGCUACGCUGACUCUCACUGGUGCCUUGAUGAGUUAGCUACGCUCUGCGAUGUGAGUUCAUCGCUCGAUCGUCCCAUGAUACCAAUCUUUUACAAGGUCGAUCCCAACCAUGUACGCAAACAGAGCGGUCGUUUCGUGGAGGACUUUGAAACACACGCCAUAAGGUUUACCAAGGAAGAGAUGCAGCGAUGGAGAGGAGCUAUGAAAAUAGUUGGAAAUCUCCCUGGAUUUAUUUACAGAGAAGGAGAAAAUGAGGAUGAGAUGAUAGGGCUUGUGGUGAAGAGGGUUUUAGCUGAGAAGAAUAAUACACCAGAGAAAGUUGGAGAGUACACCGUUGGCCUGGAGUCACGUGUUGAUGAUUUGAUGAAUCUGGUCGACUUUAAAUCUAGUUGUGACGUUCAAAUCCUGGGGCUUUACGGUAUGGGUGGUAUUGGGAAAACGACCCUUGCAAAAGCCUUCUAUAACAAGAUCGUUGACAACUUCAAGGAGCAACGAGUUUUCAUCUCAAAUGUUAGAGAAAGAUCGUCAGGACAAGAUGGUUUGGUCAAUCUACAAAAGACUUUGAUUACUGAACUGCUUGGUUUGGUACCUGAGAUAGAAGAUGUUGACAGAGGGCGGGAUAUGAUAAGAGAAGAAGUUCAUGAGAAGAAGAUUCUUGUGGUUUUAGAUGAUAUUGAUAACGUAGACCAAGUUGAUACCUUAAUUGGUGAAAGAAGUUGGUAUGGUGAAGGAACUCUUAUAGUCAUCACUACCAGAGAUGAAGAGAUUCUCAAUAGACUCUCUGUGAGCUUAAAGUAUGAGGUCAACUGCUUGAGUGAAGAGCAAGCAGUGAAGCUGUUUAGUUACCAUUCACUACGAAAAGAAAAGCCAACAGGGAGUCUAAUCAAGUUAUCUGAGAAUAUCGUCAAGAUAACUAGAUUGUUGCCACUAGCUGUUGAAGUGUUUGGUUCUCUUUUUUAUGACAAAAAGGAAAAGGAAUGGCUAGUUCAGCUAAAGAAGCUGGAAUAUACUAAACCAAAUGGUCUUCAGGACGUUCUGAAGCUGAGUUUUGACUCUUUAGACGAUGAAGAGAAGAAAGUCUUCCUCGACACUGCGUGUCUCUUUCUUAAAAUGGACAUGACGAAAGAGGAAGUUCUUGACGUACUGAAAGGAUGUGGGUUUACCGCUGAGGCUGCUCUCAAUGUUCUUAGACAGAAGUCUCUUGUCAAGUUCUUAGCAGACAAUACUCUUUGGGUGCAUGAUGAGAUUCGAGACAUGGCAAUGCAGAUGGUCCGUGAAGAAAGCCUUGAGGAUCCUGGAAAGCGAAGUAGACUCUGGGACCGUGGUGAAAUCAUGAGUGUAUUGAACAGUAUGAAGGGAACAUCAUCCAUCAGAGGAAUUGUAUUAGACUUCAAGAAGAAGUUUGUGGGGCAGAGCAAUCUACAAAACAAUCCAGGCCUCAGCUCUGCGUUUAGUUACCUGAAGAAUGUAUUUGUAAGAUGUCCUACAAGCUCUGAGAUCACCAUUCCUGUAGAGCAUUUUGCGCCAAUGAAGAAGUUGAGACUUCUUCAGAUUGAUCAUGUGGAACUGCAAGGAAAUCUUGAACUCCUUCCAUCUGACCUCAAGUGGAUACAGUGGAGAGGCUGCCCAUUAAAAGAUGUUCCAGCGAGUUUUCUUUCUAGGCAACUCGCAGUUCUUGAUCUUUCAGAUAGUGGAAUAAGACGAGUCCAUACUUUGGGAAACAAAAAGGAGGAUGAGAAGUUGAAGGUAUUAAAUUUGCGUGGUUGCCACAGCUUAGAAGCCAUUCCUGACUUAUCAAAACAUAUAGCCUUGGAGAAGCUUGUUUUCGAGGGAUGCAAGCUUCUCGUGAAGGUUCAUGCAUCAGUUGGUAAUUUGAGAAAAUUACUUCAUCUGGAUUUAAGAAACUGUCCAAACCUCACUGAGUUUCUUUUGGACUUUUCUGGACUGAAGCAUCUUGAAAAGCUUUACCUCUCUGGCUGUUCAAGUCUGAGUGUGUUACCAGAAAGCAUCGGUUACAUGCCGUGUUUGAAAGAGCUUCUUCUUGAUGAAACUGCGAUAAAGAACCUACCGGGAUCAAUUUUUCGCCUCGAAAAACUUCAAAAGCUUAGCUUAAAGAGUUGCAGAUCUAUUCAAGAGCUACCUAUGGGGAUAGGAACAUUGACAUCACUGGAGGAGCUAGAUCUUAGUAGCACUUCACUGCAAAAUCUUCCGAGUUCUAUUGGAUAUUUAAAAAAUCUCCAGAAGCUGCAUGUGAUGCACUGUGCGUACCUUACUAAGAUUCCUGAGACUAUCAAUAAGCUUAUAUCAUUACAAGAGCUGAUCAUCGAUGGAAGCGCAGUGGAGGAGCUACCUCUAAGCCCUGGCUCACUGCCAUGUUUGACUAUUUUUUCAGCAGGAGUAUGCAAAUCGCUGAAAGAGGUUCCUAGUUCAGUUGGGUGGUUAAACUCUCUUCUCCAACUUAAGCUGGAUAGUACACCGAUUACAACUCUACCAGGAGAGAUAAGUCACUUGCGGUUUAUUCAGAAACUUGAGUUGAGGAACUGCAUAUCAUUGAAAUCUCUGCCUAGUACGAUUGGAGAUAUGGAUACACUCCAUAGCUUAUACCUUGAAGGCUCUAACAUUGAAGAACUGCCGGAAGGAUUUGAAAAUCUGGAGAACCUAGUAUUACUCCAAAUGAACAAGUGUAAGAAUCUCAAGAAGCUUCCUAACUCAUUUGGAGACUUGAAAUCUCUUGGCCAUCUCUACAUGGAGGAAACUAUGGUCAUGGAGUUGCCAGAAAGUUUUGGAAACCUCUCAAACUUAAGGGUAUUGAAAAUGAUGAAGAGUGAUGAUGCUCCAGGUACAUGCGAAAAAUCUAGUUUUGUAAUACCAAACUCUUUCUCAAAUCUCUUGUUGCUUGAGGAACUGGAUGCUCGUGGUUGUGGAAUAUCUGGUGAAGUCCCUGAUGUUUUUGAGAAGCUUUCUUCUGUGAAGAUACUGAACCUGGGAAAUAAUAAGUUUCACAGUCUUCCGUCUAGCCUCAAGGGGUUAUCAAGUCUUAAAGAACUUUCAUUGUGCGACUGUCAAGAGCUCAAGUGUGUUCCUCCUCUUCCAUGUAUCUUGGAGAUGCUAAACUUGGCAAACUGCUUUGCAUUGGAGAGUAUAUCCGACCUAUCAGAGCUGACGAUGUUGCGUGACCUCAAUCUCACAAACUGUAAGAAAGUGGAUGAUGUUCCAGGCAUAGAGAACUUGAAGGCUCUGAAACGGUUAGAAAUGAGCGGAUGUAAUUUCCAAGUGCACCGUUGAAGUAAAGAAAAGACUGUCCAAGAAUCCUAGCUUGUCUGGAAACAUAACCCCGGAAUGGUUCUCGCAGGGCCCUGUCAGGUUUUUUUAUGAAGGUGAAGCCAGCUCAGAAGGCGACUCUACUCAUACAUGAUCUGCUACCAGAGAGAGUAAGAAACUGCACACAAACUGUUAACAAAAAGACAAAACGAAUGUGUUCUCCAUCCUUGAAGACAUGUGUUUUGGCUGUUGUGUUUUUUUUCUUUAAAAGUAUUUUCCUUCUUCCUCUUCAGAGUGAACAGAAUCAACUGGAUAAAUCGGUUUCUGUUUGAUCUGCCAGAUGAAAAUUUACUCAAUACAAGAAAAUUGACCUU